CAGAUGACGGUAGUGACUUAACGUGGACUCUUCUGGUGGUAGCUUGCAACUUUCUGAUUUAAGAUGAAUGGCACAGAGGGUGAAAGCUUUUACAUCCCUGUGUCCAACAGGACAGGGCUUGUCAGGAACCCUUUUGAAUACACGCAGUACUAUUUAGCAGAACCAUGGAAAUUCAAGGCGUUGGGUUUUUACAUGUUUUUACUCAUUAUAUUUGGUUUACCAAUCAAUGGGCUGACAUUGGUGGUCACAGCUCAACACAAGAAACUACGACAGCCUCUCAACUUCAUUUUGGUCAACUUAGCUUUUGCUGGCACAAUUAUGGUGAUCUUUGGAUUCACUGUUUCUUUCUACUGCUCGAUGGUCGGCUAUAUGGCAUUGGGGCCUCUUGCUUGCAUGAUGGAGGGAUUCUUUGCAACACUUGGUGGUCAGGUUUCUCUAUGGUCUCUGGUGGUGCUUGCUAUUGAGAGGUACAUUGUGGUCUGCAAGCCAAUGGGAAGCUUCAAAUUCUCUUCAAACCAUGCAAUAGCAGGCAUUUCUUUCACAUGGAUCAUGGCCUGCAGCUGUGCCAUGCCCCCACUUGUAGGCUGGUCCAGGUACAUUCCUGAAGGUCUCCAGACAUCAUGUGGACCAGAUUACUACACUCUUAGCCCUGUGUACAAUAAUGAAUCAUAUCUCAUGUACUUGUUCACUUGCCAUUUCUGUGUACCUGUUACUACAAUCUUCUUCACAUACGGAAGCCUUGUCUGCACAGUGAAGGCUGCUGCAGCUCAACAGCAGGAUUCAGCAUCCACCCAGAAGGCUGAAAAGGAAGUGACACGAAUGGUCAUCCUGAUGGUUUUGGGCUUCUUGGUAGCUUGGGUUCCUUAUGCUAGCUUUGCUAUCUGGAUCUAUUUAAACAGAGGAGCUGCCUUCUCUGCACAAGCCCUGGCAGUUCCUUCCUUUUUCUCCAAGUCCUCAGCCUUGUUUAACCCCAUCAUCUAUGUGCUGCUCAACAAACAGUUCCGUAGCUGCAUGCUGACCACCCUCUUCUGUGGCAAGAACCCUCUUGGUGAUGAUGAGUCCUCAACUAUGUCCACCAGUAAAACAGAAGUGUCCUCAGUUUCUCCAGCAUAA